CACUACAAUGUCUCAGACUGGCCUGCCCAAUCUCCAAACACUCCUUCUCUUCCUCGACACGGUUUGUGAUUUCUUUUAACGACUCUUGUUACGAACCACGAAGACGCCGGCACGCCCGCACGCACGCACCGACGCGAGCGCGCGCAAUAUACGACGACAACGCGAACAACCCUUGCGCGUGCACCGCGCACAGUGACCCGCACACUCUCUCUCGCUUGACAAGGCGAAAAGCCUUCCACCCACCCUACGCCUCCGCCGCCGCCGACGCCUCGACGCCUCCCAACGCCGUCGCCGCCGCCGCCCAAAGCCACGACCGCGACCUUCCUUCUUGCUUUGCUGCUGCUCGCAUCCGUGCUUGCCACCCCCCCUUUCUCCAUCCUGCCCUUGCGGCGUGGGUCGGUGGCCGUGCGCCAGGCCGAGGUACAUCAGUACCCUCGUUUCCGUCUUAACCGGUAUCUGCAUCGCUGGAUCCAAGAUACUGGAGUCAAAAGGGAGCAGGGCUCGUACCCUCCCCAGACGUGUCUCCCUCGCAAUCUCGAGCAGCCCCAGCUUGCACAACAACUCUCUACAAGGCGCAUCACAUCGUUUUGACCUGGACAGAGGGACCGUGAAGACCGCGGGAUAGCCAUGUUACUCGCCCCUCCUUUAGCCAACAUGGCGGAUGUCCGAGCCGAGGCUGCCGGCGCCGCUUCCGCCUCGAGGCGCAGAACAGCCUCGGACGCGAGGGCCUCGACCAAAACACCCAUGGCCAGUGCAUGGGGGGCGGCCCGUCCACCGGCAGGACCUCCUCGCGUUCCUCCAAAGACGACUAGCCCGCUCACUCCGCCAGAGUGGGUGCAGCCCGGCGCGUUGUCCCCGUCGUCGAUCCUGUCGCCAGCCGAUACAUGGACCAUCAACACACCGCAGACGGGCGAGAUCGACUUUGGGAUCGACUGGCAGAGCGCACCAAAGGACCGCCGAACAAGCAGCAAUAUUGUUCUUGUGCACGAGGCUCCUCCACCCCUGCCACCAACGCUCGGGUCAACGCUCGAGCCACUUCAACCUGCGAGGCACGAGCCAGUAUUGAGCCAUCACGGUGAUGGCAAAGUCCUCGAGGCCCAGUCGACGACGUCUUACACACAUUCGGCAGCUGGGCUGCUCAAGGGACACCAUCAGUCGCAUGCCGGCCUGCCCAAGAUGACCCAGAGCCACUCGUUAGACAACCCCACUUUGCCGUCGGCAUACGGCGUGCCCCCGCCGCAGCUCGCAGCCGUGCGUCGCACAAAGUCCUCAUCAACACCACCUGUGGCUGCAAAGCGCCCGUUCUCAGCCAACUGGGCAGCAGCUGCCUCGGCUUCAUCAUCAUCAUCGACGCCCGCGAGGCCUCGCCAGACUCGCUCUGUUUCUCAACCACACCAUUCUCAUCAACUGCAGCAGCCUCUGAAUUCUCACCACCUCCCACGACCAAUCAUCGAGGACCCAUUUUCUGAGACGGCAACCGACACAUCUGUAUCGCCGCCCAAGACCCCUCUGACACCGACUUCCCCUGCCGAGAUGGCCUCGAUCGCCGAAGCGGCCGCCGUGGCUUUGCGCCGCCGCACGCGUUCCGCCCCCAAGGGGGCCGAGCUGGAUCUGGACGAUAUUUCGCGCAUUGAACAGCACCGUCGGUCCGCCUCGGACGGUGGAGACCGCUCUCUCCCGAGCCCAUCUCCACGACCUCGCCCUCGAUCGUCGUCAAGGUCGUCGGUGCAGUCAUCACGAUCAGUCGGCUCCUCUCAUUCAGGUGCUCCGAAGCGCGCACUCCCACCGCCACCUCCUUUGCCACCUGUCCCCCAGCACCCCCGCAGGCAAUCUGUGCAGGCUCGCUUGCGGUCACCGCCCCCACCACCAUUCUCACACUCCCGCCCCGCGCCCCCUCCACCUCCGCCCUCGGUCGCCGCCCUCGCGACGAAACAGCCGCGGCUCAUGCCAUCUCCCACACCCAUCGACACGACGAAUCUCAAGCCGCCCAUGCCUGCCAUGGCACGUGAUUUUGUCGAGCCUUUGGCGGAAUCUCUUGCUGCCCUCCGCGAGGCCGAGUCGUGGGAAUGGCCUCUGCCUCCCUCUCCCGGACAGCGGGUCGCCCCAUUACAAAUGCCCAAGCACCGCGCCGCGCAGAAGCAGGAGGUCCUGAACGACGCUGCCGCUGCCGAGGACGACGACUGGAUCGACGAUGCUGUAACACCCGUCGCAAUCGCAUCACGAUACGGCGGCCGCCGCGACAGCGAGUCGGCGUCGUCUGUCGAAGCUCCCAUGAGAGGCUCUAGCGCAAUGUCGAGCGAAAUGGGACCUCUCACGCCGGAUGACGUAUCGGAUGACCCCUUCGACCCGGCCACACGGCCUCAGCUGCCGCAGCACCCACUGUUCAUCAAGAGGAUGACGGGCGCCCUUCCACCGCGACCUCCUCCUCGGCGCUCCUACGGCGUGCCUUUCUAGAGCCUAAUAGUCUGCCAUUUUACGCUAAUAACGACGAGUAAACCAAGUUUUGGUUGACUACCCCCACACGACACUUGACACGACCGAUCGCCUGUUUGGACGGGCGAUUUCCCCCCUGGGUACCACUACAAAUGUAUCCUGUUGUAUAGUAGGGGCGAGUAGAAUGCAUCGCUCAUGACGAGUCGCCGGUGUACCUGCAGGGGAGUGGUGGUGUUCUGUAAUGUUCCGG